AUGGAGCAAAGCACAAAAACACCAUCAGCUGAGGAGCUUUUAAGAAAGAUCCAGGAGCUGGAAAAACGUCAAUCUCAACUCAAACAAAAAAUCUCAAAACUCAUGCUUUCUGGUAACCUAAAAGAACCUGAGCCUUUAGCUAUGAAGCUAACAGAAGCUCAAUAUUUUAAUAUAAUGCAGUCACUGGGUCAGGCUCUACAUAUAUAUGAUAUUGACUUUCGGAUAAUCUUCUGGAGCCGGGGUGCAGAAAAUCUUUAUGGUUUUACACCUGAUGAAGUCUAUGGGAAGACACCAACCGAGCUUCUAGUGGAACCUAAGGACGCUUCGUUAUGUGAUGAUCUUCUAGAACGAUCACUAAAGGGAGAGACUUGGACCGGGGAGUUUCCUAUAAAGAAUAAGAAAGGGGAACGAUUUGUGGUUAUUGCUACUAAUACGCCAUUCCGUGAUGAAAUUAGAGGAAUAAUUGGGGGGUUAUGUAUAUCGAGUGAUUCACGUCCGUAUCAUGCAAGAAAGCCUGCCAAACCUGGCUUUGAUUCUCCACAACCUCUACAGAUUUCAAUUGCCUCAAAGAUAUCGAAUUUGGUUAGCAUUUCCUACAAUUAA